CCGGGCCUGGGGCUGCCGGCCAGGUGCAGGGCCCCUCCCUCCGCCCUGCCCAGGGGUUCCCCUGGCUAGGAGGUGGUUUGCUGGGGGGAGGGCUGGACAGCUGCUCCCCGAGAGACAGGUCUCCGUCAAGAAGCGUAUCUGGGAAGAGCUAGCUCUGGGAGGCCUCUGGCAGGACAAGCACACGUGCUCACAUGUGCUCACAUGUGUGCACACCCGUGCGUGCACGCUCACUGGCACAGGUGGAGCAGGGGAGGCAGUGACAGCCCUGGGGUCACCUGGCUGGGGGCAUGGGGACCAUGACCCAGGACGGUGCCUUCUCGGUCCGACCCCAGCCCUCAGGGUGGGAGCUCCAUCCGCUCGUGCAGGGCAGCUGGCCCCAGGAUCAGUGAGGGAUGCUUGGAGCCCCUUGGGAAGCAGCCCGGCGCGGCCUGGCCUCCUGGGGCCUGUGCAGCGCUGCCUGAAGAGGGGCCGCCUUGUAGAGCGCCUUCCGGUACCACGGUGUUUAUGGCCGGGCUCGGCGUUGCUUGGCUACCGUGUAAACCGGGCUUCAUCUGUCUCAGCCCCGUCGGGCAGGGGGCCUGCGUGCCAGGGAGCGGGCUGUCACACCCGAGACUCCUGGCCCUCUGCCUCGAGCCCAAGACGGUACCUCCCCCACUGGCCAGGCCAGAGGUGGUCCUCAGGGCCCCCGGCAGCUGUGGGAUCACCUGGGGGCUGCUUGGGCUGGGCCGGGACUGGGGGAGGCCGAGGCACCCGUCCUCCAGGCCCCCCAGGGCACAGGCUGUGGCUCCAGCUUUCCUGCCCUUUGGCGGCCGGGCCUCACGUUCUGUUCUUGCCCUUGUCAGGUCUGGCGAACCACGGACAGACCAGGCAUAUGGGACCAAGCCGGAACCUUCUGCUCAAUGGGAAGUCCUACCCCACCAAAGUGCGCCUGAUCCGCGGGGGCUCCCUGCCCCCCGUCAAGCGACGGAGGAUGAACUGGAUUGACGCCCCGGACGAUGUGUUCUACAUGGCCACCGACGAGACCAGGAAGAUCCGCAAGCUGCUGUCGUCCUCGGAGACCAAGCGUGCUGCCCGCAGGCCCUACAAGCCCAUCGCCCUGCGCCAGAGCCAGGCCCUGCCGCUGCGGCCGGCAGCCAGCAUAGCUGGGGUCAGGCCGGCCUACCACCCUGCUCCUGGCAGAGCCCUGCCCCAGCUGUCCAAGGGUUCCUGCCCAGAGCCACAGGGCCAGCCCCCAGCAGGGGUCCCUGCCGCAGAGCCAAGACCGCCCUGUGUGCUCUUUACCAGCCAGGACACCGUGCCGCGAAGGCCCCAGGGGAGGGCCCUGCCCCCACACCUGGCUGGCUAG